CAUUCUCUAUCGAACAUCUGACAUCGCCGACACAUCCACCUGUCGGGCGCGCCUCGAGAAGCGUAGUCGUAAGCGGAUGCAUUUCGACGACGAUCGGCGGCGACCUGCCACUUCUGCCAGCCAGCAUUCGGUUGUGCGCGAGGCAAGCGUGCGGCGGCUCGUUUACUUGAGGCUGACUCGCGGCCGCUCCGACAAUAAACGCGAGGCCAAGGCGCGCGAUCGCUCCAAUUAGUCCGUUCCCCAGACCGACGACAAUCCGCACCGUCGGCGUCGCAUGACAUUCGUCGCCGGACUCGUCAUCGUCCAAAAAUACCGGUCGACGGCGGAACGAUCGAGAGGGAAGACCGGCCGAUCGGAUCGCGCGACAGUCGUCGGGGACGUUUCGGCGCCGCGAUGGACAAGACGAAGCUGGUGAGCAACGACCUGGAGCUGCCGCCGCUGCGCAGCCUGGACGACUUCCUGCUGGAGUCGGCGCGCUUCCAGCUGCCGAAUCUCAAGGACCUGGAGAAGUGGGGCAACCGGGUGGUCAACAAUCUCCUCUACUACCAGACUAAUUACUUGUUUACGUCCGUCGUCAUCUUUCUCAUCGUCGGACUGAUCCACCCUGUGAAAAUGCUGGUCGGCAUGCUGGCGAUGAUGGCGAUUCUGGGUACAUUCGCGUACGUAUCCAUGGAAGGCAGCACGAUACAUAACUUCAAAAGGCAAUAUCCCGUGGUUGGGGUGCUGUUCAUAAUAUUCGCCGGUUGUUUCAUAACGUAUACCCUGGGAUCUCUGCUGGUUUUCAUGCUGGGCAUUCUGUUGCCCUUCUGUGUGACGUUCGUACACGCCUCGCUGAGAUUAAGGAAUAUCAAAAACAGAAUCGCCAAUAAAAUCGAGGGCAUUGGGUUGAAACGCACGCCGAUGGGUGUGUUUCUGAAACAUCUCGAUUCGUUAAUGUUGAAUCUUGCCACUAACUCGGAAGAUAUUUACGAAGAUGUGACUGGUAUGACUUUGCGUGCACAGACAUCACUUAUGCAACCGCCUCACUAAUAUCCCGCUUUGUGCAUCAAGUUGUAUAUCAAAUUGACAAAAAUUUAUGUCAAUAACCAUUAAUAUUUGCCGCUGUUCUAAUUGGACUACAGUGUUCGGUACGGUAUUGGGCAUAUUGAAAUAAAUCGUGUAGCAUUUUUAAAACAGAAAUUUGGCAGAUACCUGUGACUGAAAGUACGAACGACUCGUGCGAAAUAAGUUUUAAUCAUAGAAUUAUACAUUGUUCACUAAAACCAACGAAUUGCAAUACCAAAUAUUUUUUUACAAUACCAAAUAUUGAAUUUAUAUUAAAAGCUUCAUCUUCUCUUGUGAUUCUUAGGACCGUUUUAUCGAGGAUAUAUAUUUUUUAAUGCCGUAUACACUUUGAAUAAUGUAACAUAUACUGAAUAUAUAUUAUGUAUAUCAAUAUUUAAACAUUAAAAUGACUGAAGCUUUAUAUCAAUACAUUUGUGAAGCGGACUACAUUUUGAAUUAAUUUGUAUAUAUAUAUAUAUAUAUAUAUAUCUGUAUAUAUUAUAUAAAUAACAUAUGUAAAACACGUAUACACACGUUGCAAAUUGUUUUCACGAAACUUGGUUUCUAUAUUAUACCAUUUUUUAUUUUAAUUUUUUAUAUUUUAAUGUAUGAAUCUUUGUAUCACCCUGUACGGCAAAACAUGUUUAUAUUUUUAGUAUCUCUAUAUAUGUAUAAUGCAUGUUUCGUUAU